UCCGCUUUCCCGCAGCGGCGCCGGGAACGCGCAGCGGUCUUGAACGCCCCCUGGUCCUCAUUGUGCAGCCGAGGAAACAUCGCAAGGUUUCGACGACGUUGCUAUGAAAUGGCAGAAACUGCUUGUGUCACGGAAGCACAAAGAUUAGGUUACGUAGAAGCUACACAUGUAUGUUGCCAUGAUCCUGGUAUGCUAGUGUGAGGGAAACGGGAGUGUAUCCGGAAAAAAAAAAAGGGAUUAAAGAGCUGUUUUUCUCCGCACACACACACAAAAACCGUCCGGGUUGAGUCUCCAGCAGGCGGGCAGCAAACGGCAACUGCGGGUCGGACUGUUGGAAUCAACCGGAGAAGGGGUCUCGCGAGGAGAGCUCCACUUGGAUGCCCAGUCAUUGCGUUCGUCCAAGGAGUCACCAUGAACCGCAACAAGCGUGAGAAGGAGUACUACAGCAUAGAUGUGGGCGAUUCUACUUUUAUGGUUUUAAAGCGCUACCAGAACCUCAGACCCAUCGGAUCCGGAGCUCAGGGAAUCGUCUGUUCAGCGUACGACCACAACUUUGAGAGGAACGUUGCCAUCAAGAAGCUGAGCCGGCCGUUUCAGAACCAAACUCACUCAAAACGGGCCUACAGGGAGCUGGUGCUCAUGAAAUGUGUCAACCACAAGAACAUAAUCGGCCUGUUAAACGUGUUCACACCGCAGAAGACGCUGGAAGAAUUCCAAGAUGUGUAUCUAGUGAUGGAGCUGAUGGAUGCCAACCUCUGCCAGGUGAUCCAGAUGGAGCUGGACCACGAGAGACUGUCCUACCUGCUCUACCAGAUGCUGUGUGGAAUCAAACACCUGCACGCUGCCGGCAUCAUACACAGGGACCUGAAGCCCAGCAACAUCGUGGUAAAGUCUGACUGCACACUGAAGAUCCUGGACUUUGGCCUCGCCAGGACAGCCGCCACCGGCCUCCUCAUGACACCCUACGUGGUCACCCGCUACUAUCGCGCCCCUGAGGUCAUCCUGGGCAUGGGCUACCAGGCCAACGUGGAUAUUUGGGCUGUGGGCUGCAUUAUGGCAGAAAUGGUUCGCCACAAAAUCCUUUUUCCAGGAAGGGAUUAUAUCGACCAGUGGAAUAAGGUGAUCGAGCAGCUGGGGACACCGUCUCAGGAGUUCCUGAUGAAGCUCAACCAGUCGGUGAGGACCUACGUGGAGAACAGGCCAAGGUAUGCUGGAUACAGCUUCGAGAAGCUCUUCCCUGAUGUGCUGUUCCCUGCGGACUCUGAACACAACAAACUGAAAGCGAGCCAGGCCCGAGACCUGCUUUGCAAGAUGCUGGUAAUAGACGCGUCAAAGAGGAUCUCGGUGGACGAAGCUCUCCAGCACCCCUACAUCAACGUGUGGUACGACCCGACUGAGGUGGAGGCGCCCCCACCUGCGAUCACAGACAAGCAGCUGGAUGAGAGAGAGCACACAGUGGAGGAGUGGAAAGAGUUGAUAUACAAAGAAGUGCUGGACCUGGAAGAGAGAACAAAGAAUGGUGUCAUCAGGGGACCGCCUGCGUCCAUAGGUGAGUCCUCUGCUCACAAAGACUGUAUUUACAGUGAGCAGCACCACACCUCCACCUCCGCCUCCGUCAACGACGUCUCCUCCAUGUCCACCGACCCGACCCUGACCGACAGCAGCCUGGAGACGGCUAGCACCGCCGCUGCUGCAGCCGCCCCCCCCCCGGCUGCUGCAGAUGACUAUCAUCUACACCCCCUCCUGGUCCUGGGCUGGGCCCCGCCUCCUGGUCACACCCAAGACCUCUAGCCCGACACUGGCUCCUGGCCCCGCCCCCUGCAUUAGCCCCCCCCCUGUGCUUGUCUUCAGUAGUGUAGCGAUUAGCCAGCUGAGAAACAUUUUGAUUUCUGCGAGGACAGCUGUUUCUUCUUUUCUUUUUAAAUUACAGUUUUCGUCUUUUAUUUUAAAUGAGGAUUUCUCUUGUUUUGAGUCCUCGCUGUAAUUUAUUGUGGCAUUUCUUCAUUUUUUCCACAAACCUAAGAUGAUGUUGAGAUGAAUUCUUAUGAAUUCUUAUGAUUUCACGACGUUCCGGUUCGUUUUAACCGACAGUGAGAACUGAAAGAAAUCUCUGUAAAAUGUUUAAAUGUGAUCUUUCUGUUUGAUCCACUCGUUUCUCUCGUACGCUACUGCUUUCACAACUUGCCAUAUACGUGUAGAUUGAGUUUGUACAGAUUUUAUGGUAGAUGUAGUUUAUCUUCGAUACGAGUUUGCAGUGAGCCGUUGAAACAUCAUUGAAUUGACAGAUGAUCUGUUUUAUAUCUGGCGUAAUAUGGAUAUCGUUUUAAGUGCUUAUGACAUAUCCGUUGGUUUGAGAUCAUUUAGAUUUACUUGUUGAAAUGUUAUUUUGUCUUGUGAGUCACUACUACUUCCUACAGUGUAAAAUGUGUUGAAAGCUUUAUAAUUUGCUCUUCCUGUUGAGGCGUGAUUUUAAAAAAAGGUUUUCACUCGCCGUGUGAUUCUGCGUUAAAGCGAUGGACUUAAUAAUGACACGGUGAAGUCCCGCAAGGUAACUUAGAGCUUUCCGAGGACCGUCUUCUGUAUUUUAAGUGCUUUUAAAGUACCUCUCCUCGUCCGCAACAGGCUGUGGGACACGAUGGGACCGGAGUGGUUUGCAGCGCUGAGUUGAUGCUAGCAGUUUGUUUUGGGUCGUGCUUUCGAGGCGUAGAUGAGUCGCGUGAGGUUGUAAAAUCGGUGACGGUGUAAGUGGAAAGUGCUUCAGUCAAGUAGGGAUUUGUGAUUUUGAGAACGCAUGUGAACGUGACGGUGUUGGAGGAGGAGGAGGAGGGGGGGGGGGGGUGAUUCUGCAGCCUGAUGGAACGGCGUGAGAAGCUUCCUGUUAUUAGUCGUGUGGAUUUGGAAAAUUAGAUUUUUCUAAAGGUUGCCCAAACGCUUUGCGUACCAGACUUCUGUGAAAGAGAAGCGUCAGCAGAAACAGGGUCCUCGCGGUAUGCAAUAAUAGUGCCCUGUUUGAGUGUUUCGUUAUUUUAGCUUUGAAAGGAAAAGUGCCUGUUUGUCAUUCCUGAGUACGUCGGAGGACGUUUAUUCAUCACGUAGGGUUUCUAUGGCGUCUGGUCAACAACGGGAGUUUCCAUAUCAAACCGAUGAUGUAUGAUGGGGGUUGUAGUUCUCACAAAUGUAUUGUAUAUUUUUCUACUUGUUUUGACCCUUUUGAGCGGGAGACUGGAGUCUUGCAGGGUAAGAUGGUGACGGUUAACGUGGAGAUGCUUGAGCGUGUGUGUGAGUUAUUUCAGGGGGAAAGGCAGGUUUAUCAAAGUCUUUCAUCAAAGUAAAAAGUGUUUCUUUGCAGUGACAACAACCGAAAUAUAGGUAUUAACAGUUCUUUGGCUUUUCUUUUGAGUUACUAAUUUAAUGCGACGAUUGUAAGAGAAGAACGAACAGGAUGUUUUAAAUUCAACUACUGGAUCAAAGUAAACGAGGGGACUCUGCGACUGCGUGUCUCAGGGUUUCGUGGCGGUUAUGGAAACUGUUUACCUUUUUUUAGAAUUGCAGAUUGAUGCUUUAUUUGCGAACACACAUCUGAGAGCCGGAGCCAAACGACCACCGUGUUUCUGGCCGAGUCCUUUUUUAAAUUUAAAGUAACACUUGUGGUACUAAGUGAAAUAAACUCUCGAACUAUAGUUACGUUUAAACAAGCCAUAUUAACGGAAAGCUACGUAAUGGUUUGUUGACUUUUUAAGACCAUGAAUAUAAUGGUCAUAAAUAAUGGAGUCGGUUCUAUUUUAACUUUUAACUUUGUGCUCAGCUUAUCGCCGUUCCACCUGCUGUUAUGUUAGCAUAACUAUAGUUAUGGAUCGUACGCAGGUGUUCUGGAUGUCGGCAGAAGAAUCCCUGUGCUCGGAUUGUCUGAAAGUGUAACGCAGCUCUGUGUCUUUAGACUUAAUAUGUUCCACUUAAACAACGUGUUAUUGUCUGCCAAAUAUAUAAAGCUAAACACAGACGUAACUAUUUAUUUAACGGCUUAUUCGCUCCUCCAGUCCUGCACACCAGCUAUUCGUAAAUCCAUCAGUGUGUGUGUGUGUGUGUGUGUGUGUGUGUCUGUCCCUGCUGAGUUCUUAGUAACAACUGGCUCGUUUCAAACUAAUGAUUUAGUUCAUCGGGUUGUACCAUUAAAACUUAAGGAAUGUCUCAUCCAGUAAAACCGUAGCAACGGGUAAAUUAGUUGCUAAAAAAUCAUCUGAUAAUAAUUAGUAAAUUAUGUAAAAUGCAAGUUACUAAUGCAUCACAAAGCUUUAACAUAACUUCCAACAAUAGGCUAUAUUAAACGUAACUGCUGAUCCUUUGUACAUUUAUUUUUUGUAAAUUUUGUGGGAUUUAUAAGAAAAUUAAAUAAAAAACCUCCCAGUUUACAUUAUUAUUAAAUAUUAUUGUAUUAAUUGUGAGUAUUCACCAUAUCACCUUACCUCUUCAAUCUAAACGGGUAAUAUAUUAGUAUUUACUUCUUCACUGAGCUACGUAACAGUUAGCAUCUAAUCAACUAGCAAUCAACCGUUAGCAUUAAGCUAUGAAACGGUUCAAAUGUAAUAAAUUAGCAUGCUAACAUUAGCUUUGUCCUUGAGCUAACAGUUAACAUUUGAUGUAUUAGCAAACUAAUGCUAGCUUUGUCAGUUACUGUAGCUACACAAGAGCUAGCAUGUAAUAUUAGCAGGCUAAUGUUAGCUUUGUCCUUUAGCUAAACAGUUAAUGUUUGAUGUAUUAGCAAACUAAUGCUAGCUUUGUCAGUUACUGUAGCUGCACAAGAGCUAGCAUGUAAUAUUAGCAGGCUAAUGUUAGCUUUGUCCUUUAGCUAAGCAACAGUUAACAUUUGAUGUAUUAGCAAACUAAUGCUAGCUUUGUCAGUUACUGUAGCUACACAAGAGCUAGCAUGUAAUAUUAGCAGGCUAAUGUUAGCUUUGUCCUUUAGCUAAGCAACAGUUAACAUUUGAUGUAUUAGCAAACUAAUGAUAGCUUUGUCAGUUACUGUAGCUACACAAGAGCUAGCAUUUAAUAUUAGCAGGCUAACGUUAACGCUAAUGUGGUGCAACCCAUUUAAAUCUCCACUUUGUAAACACAUUAAAUCGAUGCUUUAAGUUUGAACUUACGAACAGCUGGUGCAAGUUCUGCUCUACUUCAGAAUUUAAAAGGAAAUAUUUGGCAGAUUAGUACAAAACUAAAUAAAAUCCGCAGUCGGUUAUUGUCGAUUCCAACAGCAGCAAAUUCAAUCGUCCAGCAUUAAAUUUGCAGGGAUCAUUCGACAAACAAUGAGUACAAACUAGGACUUAAUGUCACAUCUGUAAGAAGGCAGCAAUAGCAGGGAGAAAAUCAGUGGUAUGUAUCCAUUUGUCAUAUUAGCCAUUUGUCAUAUUAGCUCAAAUAAAUCAGAAAUAAAACCUUUGUCUAAAGUGCUCUUAAUUUCCUGAGCCCCAUAGUGGGGGCUUUAAUUGGAGUAUUUAGUAGUUUUUUCUGUUCCUUAGGUUGUUGUUGCUUUUUUUUAUAAUUACCGCAUCUCUUCAAACAAUGUAAUUCUGAUUUAAGUCGGCUUUGAUGAACUACCUCACGCUGAAUUUCUGCCCGUUCUUGCAUUUACUUAGUCGCCUGCAGAAUUAGCUAUCGAAGACGUGUGAAUAACAGAUUCCAUUAUUUAUUUAUUUGAAAGUGUACUAUUUGUCGGUUUCAACAGACUUCUAGUUUUGUACAUUAUGUAUACUUCACCUAGAAGUAAGAGAAUUGUUAUAUGUAUUUUUUUGUUCUUUUUGAUUUUUUGUUUUUAAACUAAAUGUGCAAUACCUUCAGCAAACUGUGCUAGUAGUGUGUGAUGGGCCUAGCCUUUGUUAGCUGUCUCCUGAAGGUAAAGAAAAUGUUUGGUACUGUCAAUCCAUGUUUUCCUUUUUUUAUGAAUAAGAUCAAUUUUUAUUUCUGUGACUUGUUUAUAGUCAUGAUGUUACGUAAUCGGUCUCACCCGCCAAACGAACCCGUCGGCCGAGGUUUGAUUCACAGACGGAAAGUUCUUUGAGUCCCAACUCGGCCGACGGGUUUUAGAUUUGGAGUGCGGUGAGUACAAUAAUGUUAAUAAACACAAAAAAGACGAGUUAAUACCUACGAGAAAUCAUUAUAUGUAUGGUGCUGGUUUGUAAUGUUUGCUAGUGAAUCCAGCCAUGCAAGUAGUUUUAAGAAUUCCUGGAUCUGCGUGUCCAAGUGCACUACUAGAAUACAUGCACUGGGAUCUGAUGAUGCCACCUCUUAAAGAAAACAACAAAAAAAAAACAUGUACUGCAAAUAAAAAGAAAUACACUUUGA